AUGGCGGCCCUGCAGCUCUGUACUUGGCAAGAUCUUCCCACGCUCGAAGACGAGAUCAAGCCAGAGUUUGAGGUUUUGAGCCUGAUGUACCACACGAGGCGACAGUACACGGGCAGCAAUGGCCCAAUGUUCAUGGACGAGCUAUCUGCAAAGAAGCUGCAUGACGAGAUCCAAACACGCGAGAAGGUGAGCCGCAUGGUGACGCGCCUGGGCAUGGGAACCUGCAGGCGCAGUCUGCACGCGCGGCAUGUGACGCUCCAGGCCUUGAGUGUGGUCCACGGCAGCUUCUUGGCCAGCACCCAGCGCAUGCCCUGGUGGCCCAGCCAAUAUCAGGACUGGGCUUACCACUCCUUCAUCCUCUUCGAAGAUGGGACCAUUGCCGAUAUCACAGCCGACCUUUUCGACACCUCGGUGCCACAACUUUGGUUUCCAGCCGACUCAACGCGCUAUGACCGAAGCAGCCAUCGAGCCGAGGAAGCUCGCUUUGCAAGGCAGGUCCUCGUUGGUUUGGACAACUGGCGGCAGGCCGUUCAAGAUCAUCGUGACAAGAGUCACAAGGAGAAGUCUACAGGGCGCCAGGCGUACGACUGGUUUGAUGCCGAGAUGAAGGGAGGCUUCGAUGUCCGCAAUGGCCAGAAGGGCCAGGUGCUCCGCUACGGCAAGACGCUGCCACUGCCAAGCCCAGCUCGCGUUGUGUCGGUCGGCUCACGCCGUGUGUACUUCCGGCGGCUGACGGACCCAAAGGAGCUGGAUGUCUCGCUGGUGGAAGGGCUCUUCGAGCCUGGAGAGCUCCAGGAGCUCCUGGCUUUCUGCGAGCAACGGCAGGGCUUCACGGCUAGCCUCCAGAAGGACAAGCAGGGGCAUGUUGUGCAAGAUGGCCGCCGGACAUCAGAGUCAUGCGCAAUGCUGUGGCCAAUGCUCUACGACGUGAGCCCUGACACGGAAGCAGAGCUAGCUGCGGCAAGUACAGCUUCACGGCGCUGUGCCGAAGCAUUGGGCGUGGAGGCAGACUGCGUGGAGCCGCUUCAGCUGGUGAAGUACACGCCGGGGCAGUACUACAGGGCGCAUAUGGACACACACCAGGAGCCUGACAGGCUAGGGUCUUUCAAUGGCGAGCAGCGUACGCACACGUUGCUGGUGUUCGUGUCCAGUGUCCCGGAGUCGGAUGGUGGCGGUCACCUUCACUUUCCGCUUCUGGAGCUUCGCAUCCUGCCGAAGGCUGGCACUGCCGUUUUGUGGGACAACUUGAAGCUGAAGGGCGAUGGCGCGCUAGCCUCAAAGCGCCAGGCUGCUAGGCAGGAGCAGUUGUCAACAGUCAAGACAAUCGACGUUUCGCAGAGCUGUAGCUGCACCGUGUCAAAGCUAAGAGAAGAAAAGGCCAAGGAGGGCGUGGAGAGAGCUGUCUUAACAUUGCGGGGCGAGUGGCAUCCAUAUUGCGAAGUGGAACUUGUGCCAGACUCGGCCAACGAAACGUUGCCUUUGCAAGUUGAUGUUGACUUCAAUUGCGGCAUUGCAAUUGCGGGCUUGUGGAUGGUGGGCCCGCGGCAGUUUGCUGGCCGCUCCACGAAGUUCUUUUCCCACCCGCCCAACUCGGGGAAUGGGGGUGCCGUGCUGGAUGUUCUGCUGGUAUUCCAGGGAUUCCAGGGCAACCAUCGAAUCCGGCACUGCAUUGGUGCAGAGUCAUUCAGCUUUAUCAGCCUCAUCAACCUCCAAGAGAUCACCAAAGUGCGGCUGGCCAUGCUCAGCGCAUAUGGACAUUACGGAAUCCUCAGCGCGGCAGAUGCCAAGCAAACAUUGCCUGGCUUCAAAAAGGCGGUCCCAGAGUGCAUUGUCACCACUUCCCUCAGCCUGCUUGUGAUAGCUGGCAUGUCGACCUUCGGGGCGACUUUGGUUCACUUCGCCAAUGCCUCCCUGCCCGAGAGAGCCCACAUGCCAAGUUGUGGAUUUGUGGAUUCCUCUGAAGAGGACACAUGCACCGGAGGGGAGCAAGGUCCCUUGGAGUUCUUCACCAACAAGUACCCGCUGUGGACGUGGUUUGGUGACGUGUUCUGGACUGCUGGGGAGAAACCAGAAGAUCCCGCCAACCACCGGCCAAUCUCCGAUGCAUCCUUCCAAGACUGGAAAGGACGAUUCGUCGGCCUCUUUCGGCAGCCGGAGUCUCGAAUUGCUUCUGCCUUCAACCACUUCAUGGGAGGCAGCGGGGACGUCAUCCAGUUUGCGAAAUUCACUCGCGGCUUAGUGACGAAGCUGCUGGCUGGAGACAAAGGUUAUACUCCUGUCCACUGCGAAUUUGCGUACCGCGAGCGCUUCACCAAUUGGACUCGCGAUUGUUCCUCUUACAACUGCCAGCAAUGUAUCCGCAGCGCGGACGCAGACCUGCCCAAGGCUUUGCUGAGGCUGGAAGCCUUUGCCUUCGUCGGGCUUGUAGAGCAGUUCGCCCUGUCCGUUUGCCUCUUCCACGCGAUGUUCGGUGGAAAAUGCCUUCCCAUCGAGUUCGUGAACAUGCGGAAGGGAGUCGAGCACCAGGAUCCCCUGGAGUUGUCGAGAGCUCUGCAGGGCGACGAGGAUCCCUUUGACAGUGAGAUCUACACGCGUGCAUCUGCCAUGUUCUGGAGCAAUGUCAAGAAGUUCAACGUUAACAACGCAACGUGUGCCAGGCUCUGCCCUGGCACUGAUGUCUUUGGGCCCGCGCCCUGA